GAGGCUGGCUCGGCAUGUGGCUGCGACGGUCUGGCCGCAAUGGGGCGAGCAGGCUUGGUGUUGGUUUAUUUGUGGCGCCUGUUCGGAUACGCGGCGCCGGUGCUUUUGGCUACGUCAUGCCUGAAUUCCAUGUUUCGUUGGUCAUGGGUUCUUGCCUUAAAUAUGCGCUGUGUCUCCCCCGUACUCACAAGUCACAAACAUACAUCACACUUCUUCGAACUCUCAAACGACUUCUAAGCCCAUCAACCAACCAACCACCUCAGCUACCAACCCCAAAGCAAUACCUUCGCCAUGGCUUUCACCGCUAGCGACAUCCUCAAGAUCAUCCUUGCCAUCUUCCUUCCUCCUCUCGGUGUCUUCCUCGAGCGUGGAUGCGGUGCCGAUUUCUUCAUCAACAUCCUGUUGACCGUCUUGGGUUACAUUCCCGGUAUCAUCCACGCCUUGUACAUUAUCCUCAAGUUUUAGAGGCUGCGCGCAACAACGAAUAAUGUCGCAACAUAAUCACGACGGCGCGACAUUUCGACGAUGACUUCAUAAUACCCAUACUUUUUCUUUCGCCAACGUCGAGCUUGCGACCUCCUCAAUCACCGUCAUCACCGAUACAUCCCACUGGCGUAUGUCUAGCAUCGAAUAGUUUUGAUGUUUUGGAGGUUUUUGGUUGGAGGAGUGUCGUCUUGGCUUUGGCUUUGUUAAUGACUACCACUUCAUGAUGGCGUCUUGGUUCUCUUGGGACAUAUUUGUCUUCGAGUGGAGAUUUGGCGUGUAUUAGCGAGCGAAACAGCAAUCAAUAUCAAACUUUAACGAUCA